AUGCGCCAGCUGGCUGUACUGCGCUCCGCUGAUGCCGAGGUUGUCGGCUCAUCAAUGGACGGCCUGUUGCCCUACACGUUGCCCAACAACUUGAGAAGACAACUCGUACAUCUUCUAAAAGACUAUCGACCAAUCUUCCGGCGUUUGAGAGACUAUCAACAGGUAAUUACUGACCCGGAGACCGGAAACGAAGUCUGGCAACUAAAACCCCCGAAGCAGUACCAUGGCUACUUGUUUGGAGCCCUGAUUGGCGAGGGCAGCUAUGCGAAAGAAGCCAUCUACAAGAAAACCCUACAACGAGCCGCCGUCAAAAUAUUCAAGGAGCAAAGAUUGCGCAAGAUACCGAACGGCUUCGAGCACGUGCAAACGGAGCGCGAAAUACUGUCACGGUUGAAUCACCGGAAUUGUAUCCAGAUGUAUCAAUUUUUUCGAAUCGAAGAGAAGGAAAAGAUGUAUAUGGUGUUAGAAUAUUGCGUGGCGUCACUGCAAGAGGUCGUCGAAAACUUUGACAACGGGCGUUUGCCGGAAAACUGGGCUCAAUUCUUCUUCCGGCAGCUCAUCACCGGCCUCGAAUACUUGCACUCCAAGGGCAACGACGACGUUUGCACGGCUGCGCGCGGCACGCCAAAGUUUCAGCCACCGGAAGUGGUCUCCGGGCUCAAUGCGGUUUUCAACGGGUAUCCAAUCGACAUCUGGUCGGCGGGCGUGACGUUGUACAAUCUUGUGACUGGCGCGUAUCCCUUUGAAGGCGAACUCAUCAUGCGGCUAUUUGAGAACAUUGCCGAACAGCCCUACCUACAGCCAACCAUCGAAUUGAGUUCAGAACUGAAAACG